AGUAUAAGUCCACCAAAUCAUAAUUAUUCUAAUAUAAUACAACAAGAUAUUGAACAAGAAGUUGGUAAGUGUGUUUCUCAUUCAACACCACUUCAUACACCAUCUAGUAGUAAACAUCAAUGGACAUCCAGAACAACUUGUGCUUCUAACAAAUGUAAGGAAAAUAGUGACUUUAUUUAAUUUAAUCAAAAUUUUGUAAUAAUUAAUUUUUGUUUUAUAAUAAUUUACAGUUGAUUCUGAUUUGGAUGGAUUUGUGCCUCUACUAACAGAAACUAAUCAGAACAUGUUAUUAAAUACAGUAAACGUAAACAGAAAAGGAAAGCUUACCCCAAACUGUAAGAAAUUAUAUAAAGAAGCCAUGAAGCUAAAACGAAGAGCAGAGCGUUUAGAGAAACAGAAUAAAAGUACUAGAUGUCAACUAAAUUUAGCUAAUCGAUUUACACGUAGUACUUUUACAACUCAAUUAAUGAAAAAAGUUAACUCGAGCACUUUCAAUUUCAUUAUGAGUCAAAUGAAAAUUCAAAAGAAAACACCUCAAGGUAGAAGAUAUAGUUUAGAUGACAAAAUUAUGGCCCUUUCAAUGUUUAAAAAUUCUCCUAAAGGGUAUAAAUUUUUAUCGACAGUAUUUGCUUUGCCUUCAAAAAAAACUCUUUAUAAUCUUUUACAACAAGUCCCAUUCAAUACUGGAAUAAAUUAUCAUAUUAUAAACAAUUUAAAACAUCAAGCAGAAAAAUUAAACAUUUUGGAUAGGUACUGCACGUUGCUUUUUGAUGAAAUGGCAUUAGAUGCAACUUUAACUUAUGAUAAAAAAAGUGACUCUAUUUUUGGCUUUGAAGAGAAUAAUCUAAAAUUUGCCAAUCAUGUUUUAGUAUUUAUGUUAAGAGGUCUACGGAAAAAAUUCAAGCAACCAAUUGCAUACUACUUUUGUUGUGGUACUACAAAAACUGAAGAUCUUGUAAGUUAUAUUAAAGAAAUAAUUUGUGCAGUACAAACCACAGGAUUAAAAAUAAAAGCUACUGUUUGUGACCAAGGUUGUACAAAUCAAGCUGCAAUUAAUAUCCUUGUAAAAGAAACAAUUCACUUGUGUAAAACUCAAAAUAUUGUAGAUAAAUACUUGGGAUUUUUAAUUAACAAUGAAGAAAUUGUACCUUUAUAUGAUCCUCCACAUUUGUUAAAAUGUAUGAGAAAUAAUUUAUUGACUAAAAAUUUAAAAUUUAAUUAUAAUGGGAAGAAUCAAACAGCAUCAUGGAGCCAUAUCGAAACUUUGUACAGAUUAGAUAAACAAAAUGAAAUAUAUGAUUUACGCACUUUGCCAAAACUAACAGAAGCACAUAUAAUACCAUCCAAAAUAAGAAAAAUGCGUGUAUCAGUUGCGGCACAAGUUUUCAGCCACCGAGUAGCUUCCACGAUGCAUCUUAUUGCUAACUAUGAUUCUGAUAGUUCACUAUCCAACUCAAUUGGAACAUCUAAUUUGUGUCUUUUUAUGGAUAAAGUGUUUGAUUCUAUGAAUGGUUCCACUAUUAAUGCAUUAGAUGGCAAACCAUUAAGAUGUGCAGUUAAAAAUGGAUCUUCUCAUAUUCAAUUUUGGGAUGAAGCCAUUCAGGUUUUCAAAACUAUGGUUUUUGUGAAUAAAUUGGAUGACUCUGCUGUAAGACAACCAAUAUGUAUAAAAAAUUAUAUAAAAACAUUAGAAUCUUUUAAAUACUUGUGGUUAAAAUUAAAAUCUGAAGGUUUUAAGUUUCUAUUACUAAGAAAUAUUAAUCAGGAUUCUUUGGAAUGUUUCUUUGGAUCUAUUAGAAGCCACGGAUCCAGAAAUAAUAUGCCUAAUUGUUACCAUUUUUCUACAUCAUUUAAAACUUUACUUUUAAAUAAUUUCUCUUCGUUAAAAUCGCUAGGGAACUGUGAGCUUGAUGAUAGUAUAGGAGCUUUAGAUAAUUUAAAACAAUUCUUAUCUGGACCAAAUGAGGUACAUAGUAAUGAUGUUUCAUUAAAUUUAUGUUUAAAUUCAUUUAAUGUAGAACUUGUAAAACCCAAUAAAUCUACAAUAGGUGAAAUGACAAUUGGCUAUGUAGCUGGCUAUAUAGUUCGAACAUUAAUUAAAUCAACUAAUAAUUGUAAUAUUUGUAAAAAUGAUUGUAUAGAUAUUCAUAAUGCCAAUGAACUAAUUAGUGUUAGAAACUAUUCUGAUAACAGAUUGAAAACACCGAGCCAAAAUUUUAAUAAUAUUAUUGAACAUAUUUUAAAUAUUUUUACUGAAGUUAUUAAUAGUACAUGUAAUAAACCUCACAUUUUUAAGAGUUUAAAUUUAUUAAUUGAAGUAAAUGUUGACUUUAAUUUUUUAUGUAUGACGUGCCAUAUGAUAAAUGAAUCUACAUAUGAACGAAAUUCAAAUAUUUUAGAAUGUAGAAGAAUGAAAGGAAGCCAUAACUACAUUAAUAUUGCUGAGAUGAUGACUGAUAUAACUGAAACAUACAAAUUGGACCAUUCAAAAAUUACUCAUACUGUCACAGACAACGCCAGUAAUUUUAGUAAAUCAUUUAAGACAUUUUCUAAACCUUUACCUGAUGUACAUCAGGGAAAUUCUUAUACUUUUGGCAAUUUCAAUGAAGAUAGUGAUACUGGUAGCUGUAGUACUGAUACAGCUGACGAUGAAGAUACAAACUUAAAUUUGAUAGAUGUCGAUGAGGUACUCUCAACUCCAGUAAUAUCGGACGCAGUGAACGAUAAUUUUUCUCUGCCAUCACAUAUUACUUGCUGUGCCCAUAGUUUAAAUUUGAUAGAAACACGUGAUAUUUCUUCAAUUGAUGAUAGUAAAUACAAUAAAAUGUCUGAAUCGUCAUUUAAAAAAUUGCAAAGCUUUUGGAAUUUAUUAAGUAGGAGCACGGUUGCAUCUGACAAAGUGUUUGAGAUAUGUGGUUGCAAAUUUCCAGUACCUAUUAUGACAAGGUGGAACUCGUUAUUCGAUGCAGCUAAAAAGGUACUGGCUCAUAAAACUGAAAUUAUUAAAGCAUUUGAAGAAUUACGUUUAACAAAAUUAAAGGCAAAUGAAUGGGAUUUAUUGACGGAGUACUGUAACGUAAUGGAAACUUUAACAAUUUCUUUGGACAAGAUGCAAUGUGAAAAAAAAGGUUUCUUGGGCUAUGUUGCACCUAUUAUUUUAGUUUUACGCCGCACUUUAAUAGCGUUAACAAAUUUAAAAUACUGUAGACAAUUAUGUAUUAAAGUAGUUCAAAGUUUAGAACAAAGGUUUGCCUAUUUAUUUGAUUUGUCCUUGCCCAAAAGUAAAUGUUUUGUCAUUGCAUCAAUUAGUCAUCCUAAGUUCAAAUUAAGUUGGAUUCCUGUUCGAUACAUUGAGUUGUGCAAAAAACUUUUUUUUACUGAGUGCAAUGAAAUGUAUACUAAUAUGAGUGAUAUCAAAAAAAAAACGGCUGUAGCUAGUGAUAAUGAAGACAGUGAUGAUAGUGACCAGGAAUUUUACUCAGGUUUGUAUGAACACACUAAUAAUGGAUACUCUGCUGAUGAAUCAAGAAUUACAAACUUUUCUUGUGUACAGGCUUUGACGUUCUUAAAUUCUCCCAAAAAAGAAUUUAGUGUUUUAGAAGAUUAUCCCAUAGUUAAACAAGUGUUCUUAAAAUACAACACAACUAUUCCGUCUUCAGCUCCAGUGGAACGCCU